AUGGCGAGCAAAGCUAUCAAAGUCGAUUAUAAUAGGCGCAUUGCAGUAAUUACUCUCAACCAGCCCGAAAAGCUAAAUACCUUCAACGAAGAGCAAUUCUAUUUUCUUGGGGAGUGUUUACGAGAGAUAGCAAAGCACGAUGAGGUGGCCAUUACUCUGCUCAUUGGGACCGGACGGUUCUUUUCAUCCGGCGCGGAUGUGUCUGAUCUGGGCAAAGUAAUGGCAGCGCCAAACCGCAAAGACAUCUUGGCGGCAUCCUUGUUCAACAACAUCGACCUCACUCGGGCGUUCUAUACGCACCCAAAGAUUUUGGUCGUGGGCCUGAAUGGCCCUGUUGUCGGCUUUCCAGCGGCGCUGAUCUCGUUUGCCGAUUUUAUAUACGCUCGGCCUCAUGCCUACUUGCUUCUUCCAUUCUCGUCGCUUGGGUUUGCAGCCGAGGGGGGCGCCUCACGUGCGUUGCGAGAUCGCCUCGGCGUAGCAAAAGCAAAAGAAGCCCUGAUGAUGAGCAAGCGUAUUCCGUCUGACCAACUUUUGGCUUGUGGAUUCGUGAACAAGAUUCUUCAGCCGCUCUCACAGGAAUCGAGCGCGGAUGGAGCUGACCCGUUGGAAUUCUUGAAACAAGUUCUCAAGGAGCUUGAUAAAGACCUCGGGAGUCACCUUAGUGAUUCAAGCUUGUUGAGUAUCAAGCAACAGUUUUUCCGACAUGACAGGCGGACAUAUGAGCAUACAAGCGUGCAGGAGGCGUAUACGGCGGUGGAGAAGAUGUGCGCUGGAGUUCCGCAAAAGCAGAUGCAAAGAAUAGCCGCCGCCAAGAAGAUGAAGUCCAAAUUAUGA